CGCAGUGCUGGUGUGGCCGCUUCGAGGACGAGGACAGCGGGAUUGGCGGUCUGCCGAUCGACACACCUACUAAUGCAAUCGACAGGAGAUGGGACGACAAUGAUUGGUCCCCCACAGAGGUCAUGGGUCGACAGGUUUGGGACGAUCAUCAGCGACAAUCACGUCCGUCCAGCCCGUUCGGCAUAACUAGAGGGGUGGCGAAGAUGAACGUCAGGGGCCAUGACAUGGUCGUGGACUGCGAUGGCGGGGGGGGCGAAGAUUGCACGACAGUUGUUGGCGACAAUGACAACGGGGAGAACGAUGACGGCGACAUGGAGAUUCGUCCGCUUGGGAGGAAGCGUGGAGGUACUCGGGCCACAGACAAGUCGAUGGAACCAUGUGCAGGGCGGAAAAGCAAGCAGGCUGUAGAUGACAUGUCCACGGGCGACGGGGGGAGCAGGGAUUUUUGGACCGUCGAUCAUAUGAUCGCGUUGGUCUGGGCGAAAAGAGACCAGGAUUUGCAUCUCGCCGGGUUGGGGCACAACUACGGACAGAUGAAGUCGAGGACGUGGAAGUGGGAUGACGUUGAGAAGAGGCUCAUGAAGGUGGGGGUGACUACUAGGAAGGCGGAGGAGUGCGGGAAAAAAUGGGAGAACAUGUACCAGCAGUUCAAAUCCGUGCGGGGCGGCAAAAGGAGGAAUGUGAAACAGCAGACAUUCGAUGAGAUCGCCGACGCCAUGGAUAAGCACACGAAGCUGAUGGCGAUGACGGUGGAUAGCGCGAUCAAGAGGGAGUGUUCAGUUCUAACGAGGCAAUGCGACAUUCUCGAGCGAGAGGUGGAGGUGUAGAAGGAUCACUACGAGAAGGUCGAUCAGGCGAACCUGAUGAUGUGCAACACCCUUUUGGAGAUCGCAAAAGCGAUCUU